UUCCUUUAACUCUAAGCUUUGCUUUCUUCCUUCAAUAUUCUCAAACUUCAAGAACCUCAAAGUUCAAAAGAAUUAUAUCCUUAAGCUGUAACGGUUCAACUUAAUUACUCUGUUAACUAAGAUCGGUGUGACCGUGAUCAAAGCAGAGAUGGGCGGUCCUGGAUCAUCACCAUGUGCUUCGUGUAAACUUCUUCGACGACGCUGCGCAAAAGAUUGCAUAUUUGCACCUUAUUUCCCUUCUGACGAUCCUCACAAAUUCGCCAUUGUUCAUAAAGUCUUUGGCGCAAGCAACGUCAGCAAAAUGUUGCAGGAGCUACCAAUUCAUCAAAGAGCUGACGCGGUGAAUAGUCUGGUGUUCGAGGCAAACGCACGAGUUAGAGAUCCCGUAUAUGGCUGCGUAGGAGCAAUAUCAUACUUACAAAAUCAAGUCUCACAGCUUCAAAUGCAACUAGCAGUGGCUCAAGCCGAGAUUCUCUGCAUCCAGUUGCAACACGAGCCAACUUUACAGUCUCAUCAUCAAUUACUUGAGCUAGACCAAGGCGAUAAAGCUCUCUUGCUACACAACAACAACAUCGAUAACUUCAACAGCAACAAUAAUAACAACAACCUGUGUUAUGCCAUGUCCUCUGGGCAGUUCAGCUCUAACUUUGCUCCAAGCAGCAUAAUGCAGAUGCAAAUGCAAGACCCUCCGAAGCAAGAAUCUCUUUGGACUUGACUUAAGCAAACCGUUGUUAUUAUAUUAAUCAUUGUUGUUUGGAAACUCAAUGAAGUCUCGACAAGUUUGCUUCUUGGCUAUGUUGAAAAAGAGAAGAUGGCAACAUGUUUCGUGUAAGGAAAGUAAUAUAAGCAAAGCUUAAAUGCACGCAUGUGAAGGUGAUGAGAUGUAGUUAGAACCUUUAUUUUUGUUUAUUACUUUAUUUUAGUUUCACGUCGUUUGAACAAUGAAAUUAGAUUUAGAAUUCCAAACUCAAUUUAAUUUUAUUUAGGUGUUCAAGAAUGAUUUUUAUUGUGCUGAAGAAGUCUUGAACAAACCUACUACACUUUUUCCCACAAGGAACCGAC